GUGCUGGGAUCAGAGCAGGAAGGACAUGUGAGAGAGUCACAGUUCUUCAGUGAACAGGGCAAGAUCUAACAAUUUCAACUCCGUGUCGAUUAUCCUCGCAUCUCCAUUUUAAGAGUGAUCUUAUUUUUCUGAAAGCGAUUUUUGGAGAACAAGGAAGCCCUAGAUCUGACUCUAAACAGCCGAUGCCGUCUAUUUGACUGGUAAUAUUACGGGACUCCGAGGAAGCAUCAUUGCCGGGAGAAUUUAAGCAACUCCUAUUUUUUGGUAGCAGAGAACGUUUCUUGAACACCCUCCUUUUCGUCCUUGGCACCGCAGUCGACUUCACUUCAAGAAGACCAAGCAUUUAUUCGCCCGGAUACAUACUUCUUUUUGGGGAAAACAUUACAGAGCAUAUUAAUUUCACAUCGUUUUUUGGAUGCACCGAUGAGAGAUCCAGUUUUCACAGGGACUGGCAUGGCUUAUCACCCCUUCCACGCUCAUCGGGCGGCCGACUUCCCCAUGUCAGCCUUCCUAGCCGCCGCUCAGCCGUCUUUCUUCCCGACGCUGACGCUCCCACCCGGCGCUCUCACCAAGCCAUUAGCGGACCAUGCUCUUAGCGGAGCUGCGGAAGCUGGGCUGCACGCGGCUUUAGGGCAUCACCACCAGGCGGCUCAUCUCCGUACACUCAAGAGCUUGGAGCCGGAGGAAGAGGUGGAAGACGACCCAAAAGUCACCCUGGAAGCCAAGGAUCUGUGGGACCAAUUUCACAAAAUAGGAACCGAAAUGGUCAUUACGAAAUCUGGAAGGCGAAUGUUCCCUCCCUUUAAGGUUCGAGUAAAUGGUCUUGAUAAAAAGGCCAAGUAUAUCUUAUUGAUGGAUAUAGUCGCCGCCGACGACUGCCGGUACAAGUUCCAUAAUUCUCGUUGGAUGGUAGCCGGGAAAGCUGACCCAGAGAUGCCUAAGCGAAUGUACAUCCACCCGGACAGCCCGGCCACGGGAGAACAGUGGAUGGCGAAGCCUGUUGCUUUUCAUAAACUCAAAUUGACGAACAAUAUCUCCGACAAGCAUGGAUUUACUAUUUUGAAUUCGAUGCACAAAUAUCAACCCAGAUUUCACAUCGUGAGGGCCAACGACAUUCUGAAGCUCCCCUACAGCACUUUCAGGACUUACGUGUUCCCGGAGACGGACUUCAUUGCCGUCACUGCCUAUCAAAACGAUAAGAUCACUCAGCUGAAAAUUGAUAACAAUCCUUUUGCGAAAGGGUUCAGAGACACGGGAAAUGGACGAAGAGAAAAGAGUUCUCCCUUCAGGAAGCAGUUAACCCUACCGUCGCUGCGCAUGUAUGAGGAUCAAUGCAAAGUGGAUCGAGACGGCGGGGACUCCGACGCCUCUUCCUGUGAACCCACGAUCGGCAGGGAUUCUGUGCAUUCGCCGCUCGGACCCGUAACCAGCCCAUUGAGGCUCAACAGAACCAGCAGAGACGAGAAAACCUGCAACGACAGCGACCAGGAACUUGAUCCGCAAGAGGAGCGCUCCGUCGGAGCGAGCAGCCCCGGCCCCGAGACACCCUCUCCCUUCAGCCUCAGAUGCGAGGACAGAGUGAAGGACAAGCCUAGCCCCGAUAAGAAGGGCGACUAUCCGAAUUCAAAGAAAGAUAACGACUCUAUAUUCAGCAUCAGAAAUCUCGAAAAGGACAAGUCGGAAAAUAGGCACAGGAAAGAGACCGAGUCUUCCAAGGCAGACACAGACUGCGGAGGCCUGAGCGCGAGCAAAGACGGGUUCUCUCCGCUGAUGGUGCAGACCGAGAGUCCCUCUCACUUCAGCACGGGACACCUGCAGAGUUUAGCCCUAUCUGGUCUGCACAGUCAGCAGUUUUUUAACCCUUUGAACGCCGGACAGCCUCUGUUUAUCCACCCGGGACAGUUCGCGAUGGCCCCCGGAGCGUUCUCCACUAUGGGCAUGGGACAUCUGUUGGCCUCCGUUUCCGGAGCCAGUGGACUGGAGAACGGAAGUCUGUCUGCCCAAAGUGCGGGCACCCCGAACCCUUUCCCGUUUCACCUGUCCCAGCAUAUGCUCGCCUCUCAGGGCAUUCCAAUGCCGACCUUCGGGGGGCUGUUCCCGUAUCCAUACACCUAUAUGGCCGCCGCUGCCGCAGCCGCCUCCGCCCUCCCAACCAGCAGCGCUGCGACUUCACUCUCCAGAAAUCCCUUCCUCAACAGCUCUCGGCCCAGGCUCCGAUUCAACCCCUAUCAGAUCCCCGUGUCUAUUCCUCAAAGCACAAACCUGCUCACUACCGGACUGCCCAGCAGUUUGGCUCCGGGGUCCGAGUCAUCGAAAUCGGGAAGCAGGGAGACUAGCCCCGUGCCCGAGCCUCACAACCACAAAGCGCGGCCUAGCCAGAGAACCGGUUCACCCAAAACAUCUUUGAAAGAGUCCAUCAAUGAACUCCAGAACAUUCAAAGAUUGGUCAGUGGGCUCGAAAGCCAGAGGGAGACCUCUCCAUCCAAUGACUCCCCAAAGUGACCAAGGGCGCCAUCAGAUUCUAUCCAUUCACCUGGUUUGAAAUAUUCUAAUCAUUUCGUAACUGAUUUUGUACAGCACGCUGCAGACUAUAUGACACGCUAGGGUGAAGACGUGAUGGACCUGAAACACAGGCUUUGCCACAGGUGGCUAUUCAAGGGUUAAAACCCUCAAAAUGGUUACAGAUAUUUCAGUGAUAUUCAAAAGGACAACGAGAACGUCUCGCGCUUGUAAUAACCAUUGUGUUCUAGUGGCUAAAACUUGAACCUAUACUAAGUGAAGUUGUGAAGAUUUAAGGACGGCUGCCAUGCUAUAACGCCGUGAAAAGUGAAUUGGUAUUAGAACCCAUCUCCAUGAAAUUUCCAGGAGGUCAUAGCGAACGGGAAACUGACACAAAUAUCAAAUGGUAUUUAGAAAACCAGAGGAGAAAACAUGAUUUAAUUUCAUUUAUAAAAAUUGGAGUCAAUUUGGUCCAUGGAGGAAGUAUAUUUAAGGCGCAGCAUAAAGCAAGGUUGUUGAUAGAUAGUAAAAAAGCUACAUCCAAAAAUACAUUUCAAAAGGGAUGGAAACUGAAACGUUCCGUCGUGAGAACUGGUCUCUGAAACAGCUGUGGAUGAUCGAUCGCUUGUAAUAUGACGGACAAUUGUAUUUGAAUUAUUUAUGUAAUUAAAAGAAAAGUAAUUCUGUAAAUAAGGUAUAAGGAUCCAAGAAUAUGCAAAUGGCUAUUAAUUUAUUCAAAGCUGUACAUUGGCGUGUACAUACUACUUAGAUUUUAACACGUUGCAUUUAUUUUCCUUUUUGUUUUCGAUUUUACAUGAACGUAUAUUGUAAAUGAAAACCAUUUUGCGCUUGUUGGUUUGAAACAGACAGUGUCUCAAUAUCUGUGAUGCUUAUUUGUCCUGCCUGUGAAGGAAGCGCGUGCCAUCCUUGCAUAGCUGUUCAUUCGCCGACGACACUCACCACGUUACUAAAGCCCCCAACUGACCACCUAAUAAUAUACAGCUACACACAACGGCAGGAAGCCCUCAGGUUUUUUCACUCUCGCGGAGAAGAGAUUUGCUAAGUUCCUCCUCAGUGUGGGCGCAAGAUUUAAACGUAUCUCAUUUAUGCUGGUUAUUCGGGUAAUUUCAAAUGUUUUGUUGAAUUCUCUCACACUUUCAAUAAAAAAAAACAAUGUGUUAAAA